AUGCAAAAUACCGAGGCGCUAGCGGCAGGAACAACAGUCAAAAUUGCUGUGGAAUUGAGUUAUGAAAGUAGACUGGUUGACGGAGAUUCUAAAGCUAUUAUUGAGGCUGUGAGGCAGGGUAGGUCAGAUUUAUCAGAAGAAGGCAAGUUUGUGGACCAGAUCUAUUGUUAUGUAAACAACUUUGCUAGUUUCUCUGCUCUAUGGACUCGAAGAACUGGCAACAGUGCUGCCAAAUACUUAGCUAAGUUUGCUUUAGAGGUUACAGAGUCUUGUACAUAG